UAAAUAAUGUAUUUGGAUUCGACGGGCCAGAGACGGAAAAACAUACCGAGCCUCUCUCUCGGUGAUCAGGUGGAUCCUGCUGUCCCAGAGCAGAAGAAAAGAACAAGGUUGCUCUGAAACCGGAGAAGACGUCAAGUGACCCCAGAGCUCCGCCAUGAGGCCGGGGCCAGACCGCGGCAAAAAGGAGCAAAAAAAGGCCGCCCCUGAGCCAUCUACCUCCCCAGCCUUCUCGACCCCAUCCGGGGUUUUGGAAUAACUGGCUGUGCAGGUGGAAGACGGAAGGACAGGUCGGGGCUGCGGCCCUUCCCACGUCCUUGUUGCCCUCAGUUCCUGGAGUUCAGCAGAGAAACGUGGGCUGGCCAAGCCACGCGCUGAAGUCGCAGGAUUCCAGGUGUCAUGCAGCAUUCCAGAAUUCCUACAGAAACUCAGGCUCGGGCGUGUGCUGCCCGCCCCGCGGCAACAGCUGUGCACCGGGCCUUUCAGAUAAAAGCGUUUCGUACAGAGCUGAAAGACCACGUGAUGCUCAUGGAUUUGGUGCAGAGUAACUGGCUUCCCUCGCAGAGAAGAGCCAAGGUUUGCCUCAUCCACAUGCGUGCAGGCCUGACGACCCCUGAGCAGCCAGCCAGCACAUACGAGAUCCAGAGUGGACUCCUCGCGCCUGGCACAGCUCUCCCUUCCCGAGGAAGAAAUGAGAUCCUUUCAAACGCAGGAUUACGGGGCCAGCCGUGCAGUACACACGACCCAAUUGCCUUUAGAAACCUCCAGUCUGAUGGUGCAGAGGGGAAAGCCGGCGUCACCGAGGGGGCUCCAGAGUCACAGCACACAAAGAUGAUUUCAUCCGUGGUCAUUCCGCAACUGAUGCAUGAGAAGGAAUCGAAAGAGGAUGGGGCUGCAUUGGCCCUGCCGUGCGCCAUUGCUCGGCCACGUGCGUGCCACAUGAAGACAGCUCCCACCACCCGCAGCGGAGUGCACCUUCACAGUGCAUUUGCGUUACUUCCUGGUGGCACAGGAAUCCCGGCCCCAUCAGAUGAGCCAGGCCCCAGGACGGGGCUGCCUCCCAGAGGUGAGGCCAGGGGCGGCGGCUCCCGCAGGGGCUUCGCAUCCAUCACCAUCACCGCCAGGCGCAUAGGCCCCCCAGCCGGCACCCUGGUAUGGGGGACUGUUGGGGACCCACCGUGUCCCAAGUGCAGGGUGGACGAUGCUCUGGCUGGGGGGACCCGCCCACAGUGGCGCCAAGGACCUGUGGCCUGCACAGAGUUCUCCAGAAAUGGCUCAGUGGCGAGGAUGAAGGUUCCAGAGCUGCAGGCACAGCUGUGUGAGGGACGUGACUCCUGGGUCACCCACGUGGACCACAGAGAGGACAGCUUUUCCGCAGAAGCCACGCCGUCAGGCCAGGGCCCUCUGGUGUUCAGUUCCUGCGUCCACUUCAGGGUGUCUCAGCAGUGUCCGAAAUCAAUGCACUACCUGGACAAGUCCCUCUUCAUUCCCAUCCAGCCACCUGCCACGGCCAGCCCUCAGUGGCACAGGUCCGUCCUGUCACUCAACCUCAACUGUAGUUCGCACGGGCUGACAGCAGAUGGAGUAGAUGGCCCAGCUAACGGAGAGCCACGGCAGAGAGCCCAGAGCCUUCCAAGCCCAGGAUGCAACCCGGCUUUGCAGGAAUGCCACCUGCAGGGGAGCCCAGAGGGGUCAGGGCAGGCGCACUUGGGGGCAGGUCCUUGGACGAGCUCUCUGCCGCUGGAAAACACAGAAUUCACAGGUGCGGGAACGGACCAGGACACUAUCGCGAAAGGGGCUGAGGACCACGCCCCUCACCGACAUGCUCGUGGUCAGGCCAGCCAGCUGUCCAUCCACAUUCCGGGCUGGAGUUACACAGCAGUCGAAACAAAAGUGUUCUCUGGAAGGAGCGAGGAGCAGCAAGAAGCGCGCGUGACUCUGUCUGCUCCCCCAGUGGAACAGCAGCUGGAAGGGGACGGCUCUCUGAGCCACGACCUUUCUGAGCCCACGGCCAGACGCCACCAGCCCUUCCUGAACUCCACAAUCCCUUUGCCUCGGUUCCUUUGCCCCUUUCACGAUGUGUGCACAUCUCUGCAGGAAGACAAUGGUGUUCAGAUAGAGAGAGAGUUCCCCACAGGGGACUACACGUGCUGUGACUUGGUUUUGAAAAUAAAGGGAUGUAAGAAGAGUGACAAUGCCACCGCACCUGAGCCCUCACUGCCGCCGCCACCCUCGCCACCUCCCCCCGAGGGACCCGAUGCCCCGGACCUGUCAGAAAGCUAUCUCAGGGCUCAGCAAACACCUGCCGGCUCCUUGACCCUGCAGGAAGCACUGGAGGUCCGGAAGCCUCAGUUCAUCUCUCGCUCUCAAGAGCGGCUGAAGAAGCUGGAACGCAUGGUGCAGCAGAGGAAAGCAAAGCAGAAGGAGGGGCUGGGCCAGCAGAGCCUCCUUCCCGUCCGUGCCAACAAGAAGCAGUUCACGGUCCCCCAUCCUCUUAGCGUAUCAUCUAGCAAAGCACUACUCACAGCGCAUUCCAGAGGAGGGUGAGUCCCUUCGGGUUCCCUGGAGAAACUUCCUGCUGCGUGUGACACACUGUACCACAUUCUCUUGGAAGGUUGCAAUGCUCGAUACAUGUUAAGGCUGCUGAAAAGUUCUGAAGCAAGAAACCUGCUUAAAUUUGUUUUCUCUAAACUUUCUUGACAUUGGGAUUCUGUUGUCUAAUUCUUCAGAGUCCGUUUGGGUAACAUUUUCCUAAGAAUGUUUGCUUAUGUAUCUGCCGUGCCUGCUGAAGAAACCCAACUGGAGUUUUUCAGUUAGCGGUAGAAACCGUGACUGUGAGAAAUUGGUCUGUCUCUUGCUAUCUGCGUAGCUUUGGUCUAGCAAUGCCAGGAAGUGAUGGCUGGUGUCCCAGCGACUCCAGGAGGCAGUGGGGGCAUUGUGCCUGUUUCGUCUGUGGCUGGCUUUGCCUCGCUGGACACCUCCUGGUGACAGGCCCUGCCCAGAGCUUUCUCCAAUGGGGCUGUCCUGACGGCUGUACCAAUGCCACCGUGUUGGUACCCAGAAAAAGAUCCUCCAGAGGAAGAGGAGCCAAUCUUGUUCUCUUUGAAAAACACUUCGCAAAUGUUACAAUAUGAGAUGACCACAGACAAGAAAAAAAUCCAGCAUAAUGGCGGGGGUCCAGGGAAGAGGGCUUGUCCAUACCAGUGAGCCAAGACAAUGGCUCGGAGAAGUCACAGACCACCAGACCAUUGACUGAGUAGGGGCAGGUGCUCAGCAUCCCCACUGCUACCUGCACAUGUGGCGGCUUCAGUCUAAGACGCGGGGACCCCUGAGGCUGGGACCUGACCCCUUGUUGCCUUGGCCUCGGGAGAUUCUCUAGACAAUCAAAGUAGGGUUGCCAGACGUAUCAGACGAAUAUGUAGGAUGUCCGGCGGGGUUUGCAUUUGCAUCGGUGAUUGCUUUUUUAGAAUAUGUUCCAAAUAUUGCACUUCUUACUGCGACAGCAUCCUCUGUUGCUGAUCUCAAGUGCAAGCCGCAUCUCGAGGCAGUCCUCCCUCAAGGCCCCGAAUCCCAGGCAGGGACCUGCCCCUGCUCCUCCCCUUCUGGCUGCCCCUGGGAAGGUGCCAGGGGUCAUCACACUGAGGGAGAGGUCGGGAUCAUCUGGAGGCCUUGUGAUGACUCAGAUCAUAGACCUGGCCCAGGAUUCCUGUUCAGAUGACAUGGGUUGGGGACCAAGAGUUUGCAUUUGUGGCAAGGUCCCAGGUGACGCUGGGGCUGCGGGCUCAGGGACUGGAAGGUGAGCAGGAGCCAUGCAGAGCUGGCAUCAGGUGAAUGAGGAGGACACCAGCCCCGCUCUGAGAACCGCAUCCUUCUGUGUGCAGCAGAGAACAGAACCCCUGCUGAUCCUCUCAGUGCUCAACCCUCCGGUCUCUUACGCAUUGACCUGGAGACCCGAGCGUCAGGGACUUAAUCACGAGACCUCCUCUUCCUCACCUGUAGGGAGGAGAGAGCUCCGUCCUCCUGGUGGUUGUGAGGGUGAACCAGAACCUGACUCAGGAGGCCGGGGGUCCCAUGUGGAGGAGAGCAGUUGGCGAAUGGUGGUGGUGAGCACAGAUGGCACCUGGGGCUUCUCCACUUUGUGGGGACCAUUCCCACGGGUUCCUCCAAGAACGUGAGAGCAGAUUCUCUUCUCUCACUGGGCAGGGGAGGGACCAGGACUCACAACCUCAGGGAGUUUGUGCAGGGCACAGACACAGAGCAGAGGCCCACACUGAUUGGGAGUCUUCACGCUGAGCCAUAAGACAACUUUCCCAUGUCAGCAAGGAGCAGGCAAGCCACGGGAGUCACCAUGAGGACGCCAUAAAAGCAUCAUGUUCAAUUUACUAACACUCAUUAUUUUUAAGUAAGCGGAAAGAAACUGAAUUUCCUGUCCUAUUUAGUGAGGUCACUGAGAAUUGGGGUCAUUAAAUCCUAGGGGCUGAGCGGAGCUGCCUCCCGCAUCAGCAGGGAGCUCCUUGCAGAAGAUGCCAGCAUCCCUGCCAGCCCGGCAGAGCUCUCUGGGGGAGACGCACGUUUAGUAACCACCAGGGGCCCUUUGCAAAGCUUCCCUUUGGGAGCUUUGGUCUCAAGGAGGGGUGUGGGUGGCUUGAGAGUCUCUGAUCCCACCCACACCAGAGUGGACACAACUGGUACAUCUUGGGGCUGUUGCACAGGCCCCUGGCAGGACUGGGGAUCUGGUUAGGAAGUGGUACAAUCCAGUCUUCCUCAGGGGGCCCAUGGUUCCUAUGGGGGACUCAUGGAGAUCCCUGGACCCCUUUGCUCCUGGCUGGCUGUCUCUAUGAGUAAGUAAGCAGCCAAUAAGUAGAAAUAGUCAGCGUUUGGUGCCGUUGGCCGUAGGGAAGGAGAAGAGACAUUCUUUGUCCUCCAGGCACAGGGCUGGGCAACCUUUCUUCUUCCAAGGGCCAUUUCGAUAUUUACAACAUCUUUUGUGUAGCAACUUCAACGUCUAGUCCCCUAGACUAAGCUGCUAGCAUGGGCAGCUGUCACUCAGGGCGAGAGUCCACGGAAGCUAGGAGUGAGGUUGGAAGCACUGUGUUUAUCCAGCACAAGAUAUAUUUUUUGUUUUGUUUUUAAAUUUGUAUUAAUAUAAAGAGAAUGUGUAUUUCAUAGGUGCAAUUCUAAGAAGAUAGCCAUACUUUCCUCCCUUCCUUUUUCCCUCCCUCAAUCUUCCUUCUUCUUUCCUAACUAUUACAGAAACAUACUUUCAUUCCACUCUAUAAUCACAGGCUUAAUGCACCACUAACCAUAAUAUUCAACAGGAAAGACUACAGUUCCACAGGAGAAUAAACAAGGGCUGAAAUAAUCAAAUCUCUAGAUACCUGUUUCAUUCCUAUACAUUUUUUGCAUUCUACAUUAACUGCCACAUCUCAGAGAAAACAGAUGAUAUUUGUCUUUUGGGGGACUGGCUUAAUGGUUUCCAGUUGCAUCCAUUUUGUUGCAAAAGACAGGAUCUCAGUCUUUCUUAUGGCUGAGUUGUAUUCCAUCAUGUAUAUAUAUUGCAUUUUCUUUAUCCAGUCAUCAGUUGAUGGACAUCUGUGUUGAUUCUAUAUCUUAGUUAUUAUGAAUUCAACUGAAAUAAACAUGGGAGUACAGAUAAUUCUUUCAUAUGGUGAUUUCAUUUCAUUUGGGUAAAUUCCCAGGAAUGGGAUGUUAGAUCUAUUUUUAGAUUUCUGAGGAAUCCCAAUACUGUGUUCCACAAUGGCUGUCUAGUUUACAUUCCCAUCAACACUGGAUUAGGGCACCUUUUUCCUCCCAUUCUUGCCAGCAUUUAUAGUUUUUUGAUUUUGAAUGAUAGCUAUUCUAAUUAGCUAUUCUAACCUCCUUGUGGUUUUCCUUUGCAGUUCCCUGAUCUAGUGAUGAUAAUGAUCCUGAGCAUUUUUCACGUGUCUAUUGGCCAUUUGUAUUUCAUCCUAAAAAUGCCUGUUCAUGUCCUUUGCCCAUUUCUUAACUGGAUUGUUUGUUUUGUUGUUGUUGAGUUUCUUGAGCUCUUUAUAGAUCCUGAAUAUUAAUCCUUUAUCAGAUGCAUAGUUUGCAAAUAUUUUCUCUCAUUCUCUCAGUCGCAUUUUUGUUGAGUGUUUCCUUUGCAGUGCAGAAGUUUGCUAGUUUAAUGUAAUUCCAUUUGUCUAUUUUUUAUUUCUUGUGCUUCUGGGUUCUUUUCCAAGAAGUCUUUGCCUAUGCCAAUAUUUGGCAGCUUCUCCUAUGUUCUCCUGACGGUAUUGGGUCACAGAUUUGGAUCCUCAAUUCAUGAGUUGAUUUUUGUAUAAGGCAGUGGUCUUGUUUCAUCCUUCAGCAGGUGGGGAUCCGAUUUUCCCAACACCAUUUGUUGAAGAAACUGUUCUUUCUCCAGGGAUUGAUUUUAGCUUGUUUGUCAAAGGUUAGUUGGUUGUAGCUGUGUGGAUUAAUUUUGGGGGUUUCUAUUCUGUUCGAUUGUUCUACAGGCUGUUUUUGUGCCAGCAUCAGGCUACUUUGAUUAUAACUGCCCUGUGGCAUGUCUUGAAAUCUGGUAUUGUGAUGCCUCCAGCUGUUUUUGUUGUUUAAGACGGCUUUAGCUAUCUGGGGUCUCUUAUGUGUCCCUAUGAAUUUUAGCAUUUUUUUCUUAGUGCUGAGAAGGAUAUCCUUGGUAUUUUGAUUGGAAUUACAUUGAAUCUAUAAACUUUUAGGUAGCAUUGAGAGUUUGAUGAUAUUAAUUCUUCCAAUUCACAAACAUGGAAGAUCCUUCCAUUAUUUUUGUGUCUUCUUCUAUUUCUUUCUUUAAGGUUUUGUAAUCUUUAUCAUAGAGCUCUUUUACAUCCUUGGUUAAAUUUAUUACAAGGUAUUUAAGUUUUUAUUGUAGCUAUUUAUAAUGGUACUAAUUUUAAAAGUACUUUCUCAGGAAUAGCAUUGAGAGAGAGGGACAUAAAGAGUGAGAGAGAGAGGGAUUAUCUUCCAUCCACUGGUUUACUCCCCUAAAUGGCCACCACAGCCAGAGCUGGACCAGGCAGAAGCCAGGAGCCUGGAGCUCCAUCCAAGUCUCCCCCGUGGGGAGCAUGGGCCCAAGUACUCAGGACAUCCUCUGUUGCCUUCUCUGGCACAUGAGCAGGGAGCUGGAUCGGAAGUGGAGCAGCCAGCCAGGACUCAAACUAGUACUCGCAUGGGAUUGCAGCUGAUUGCAGGCUGCAGCUUAACCCACUGCACCUCAACACUGGCCCCUAACACAGGAAUUUAGCAUCAGAAGAACCCUUUACAGGCAAGCAACCAGGAGUUUUUGACUUGCCUUUAUGUGGUAUAAUGUGCACUGUUCAGUUCAUGGGGGGCUCCUUAGCCGAAGUUAGAGCACCCCACUCUUGCCUACUUUAAGCAAAUGGGAGCUCCCCUCUUGUGAGCUGAACAGAAAUGGUAUGCUCCUGUUGGGGUUUAAGUAUUGAAAACUGUGGUGUCAUCCGUCCAGGGGCAGGUGGCCAACUGCUUCUUGGCUUUGAAACAGGCACAGGGAACAGCGUUGUGGACUCAAAACACACACAGCCCCUAAAAUGUACCCCACUUCCAUGUCUUUUGAGAUGGCCACUGUUUAAGAAGACUUGCGAGGGGGAGACAGGGCUGUGGACUUGACGUCCCUACUGGGAGCUGGCUCGGUGGCCCUCGUGCAUUCUCUCCACAAGCCUCUUUGGGAGAUCCUGUUUCUAUGAGAAGGGAAGCAGAUGUCGAAGACGUUCUUCCAGGUGCUCAGGGGGGCUGAAGGGAACGAGCCUCGGAGAGGCCGUUGCCCUAAUAAAUCGUGUGAAGUUGACUAUCAUUUAGAUUGGUAUUCAACGGGGAAAAUUAAGCUUUGCAAUCAGAGCUGCAGAGAAGGUUCGAGGCAGAGGGAAAACAGCUCCAGCCCCGUAAACAAUCCUGCGGGCCUCGGGGGGCUCCUGCUACUUUCUGGCGUCUUUGUUGGCUGUUGGCAUGCACACAUCUAGGGGUGGUGGUUAUAUGUUCACAGCGAUGGCUAUUGGGACCUUGAUUUCACAUGAGCAGCUUCAGGCACACCUGUCUUGUACCUGUCCGUCUGCUGACUUUGAAACAGGCAGGCACUUAAGGAAGCCUGGCCCUGGCAAGUUAAAUUCAUAAGACUCUGUGGUCUCGGCCCAGGAAUGAGCCAUGUGCAAGACACUCGGGGGGGAGGGGGAAAAAUAAAGGACUUCCCAGAAACUCAGAAAUGGACAGUUUACCUUAGUAACGUUGUUGGGGCAAAAUGGACAACCUUCUGUAGUUGAAUGAUAGUGGGAAGUAAAGAGACUGGCAGUCUCGUUCCUCAUGUCAGUGAAUUAGAAUACUGGACGCUUCCAGACUUUCAUGGAAGACUCCCAAGCAGGCUGACAUUGCCCUCACCACUCCCAUGUUAUAGAGGCAGGGCCGUUGCUGAAAGGGAACAGGUGGACGCGACCUGUGAUUCUGAACAAAGCGCAGGCUGGAUGUUUCCACGCCGUGAGACGAGACCCCUGGCCACGCGGCACCUGUCCUUGUAGGCGGGCAGAUGCACAUGGCCAUGCCCCACCUUCCUCCCCCACCAACAGGCCCACACGGCCCCGCCCCAACCCCAGGUGCUCCAGUUCCUUCAGUUCUGUGACUCUGUGGGGCUUUCCCAGGUCUCCUCUCGCCUGGUGGACCUGACUACUGCUCCGUGAGGCCUCCCCUUCCCCGUGCCAACCUUGGUCCUGGCACUGAGAGGCCAUAUGCACCUGGCGCUCCCUCUGGACUCUGAGCUCACUUCGUAUCUUUGUGUCCCUGCCACCUAGCUCCAAGUGAUACAAACUUAGUCAUCAAGCAGAUGGGUUGCUCUAACUGAAACCCUGGGAGCCAUCCUCGAGUGGUCACUUCCACCUGGGAGACAGGGAGUCCCUGGUGAGGUGGGUGCUGCAGCUGUGGCUACCAGCCCCUCUGGGCUCCUGGUGCAUGCUCCCCACCCAUGCCCCUGCUGUCACUGCCCCUCCCACCACCCAGUUUCUGAAGAGGUGCCACAGUCAUUGUCCGGUGAUAAAGCCUACAUGGCUCACCAUCUCUCUCACCCAGAAGGCCCACAAACUGCUUAUGUGGGUUUGCACGGCCUCCUGCAUGUGUGGCUCCCACCUUUGGUGUGUGUUGUACUUCUUUGCAGGUGCUGGGUGGGAUUGCAGUGUCCAUGCACAGGCAUCGUGGGCAGCAUCCCACAGAGGCCGGAGGGUGAAGCUUGAGUGGAAAAGCAUGAUUGUGGCCACUCUCACCCCUGCACCUGCCCCUCAUGCUACAGCCACGUUCUUGCCACAGGAACCCGCUGUUCCCUGUCCCGCUCCUCCCACAGCUGGCUGCGGUGCUCACCCGGCCCUUGGUUUACAGCUCUCCCUCCCUGCGUGAUCUUCCUGGCUGCUCGGGUCGGGGCAGCCAUUCCUUUCCAUCAGAGCACCUGCUGGAUACUUUGCAGCCUCCUGGACCAAUGGACUCUCCUGGAGGCCGGCUCUCACCCAGUCUCGUUCCUUCCGAGUGUCCCCUAGGAAGAGAGGGGAUGUGGAAGGGAGGAAAACGCAAGCAUUCAGGGGUGUCGUGGGGCUGGUGUGAAGAGGAGUGGUGAGCACCUAAGGAGCCAUCCUGUAGACACUGGCUGAGUUGUUGUGAGUCAUCACGCUGCCCACCUGGGGUUCAACGUUCCCCCUCCCUAGCUCUCACCACCUCCCUUCUCACAGUGCUCAAAGCUGCUCCCUGCACAUUCUUUGACACUGGUGAGCAUGGAGCCAUUCAAGGUGACCUGCUUUGUUCCAGAUGGCACCCUUGGUGGGAAGGGUGGACCCUCCCCUUUUGGCCUCGCCUCUUCCUCUCCCCCAGGAAGGCCCUGCUGCCCGAUCCAUGGGCUGAGGGCUGUGGCACAUUCCUGAGUCAUCAGCAACCAGCAGGCAAACACUUCCCUGAGGAGCAGGCUUGAGCCCGCCGCCAGUGGCCUGCUGGUGUGCACCUGCACCAGGGGCCAGAUCAAAGCGUCUGCUGCAGCCUCACAGCCAGGAAGAGCUCAGAAAGCAGCACGGAGCUGCCCGACACGGCUGCAAAGCCUGACUGUGGUGCCCGGGGCUCUAAAGAUACAAACCAAAGGGCACCGCACGUCCCAGAGUGGAUGGAAGGACUGAGGUCGGGAAAGACUGGCAAAGGCGAUGUGGCGUGAUUCACGGCCACCGGGCACCAGCUCCGCUUGCCUCGGCCUCCCCAGUCUGCCGGAGCUCGGGGAUCACUCCUGACUCGAGUCCGAUCUCCAUGCGAGGCUCUCUCGGGGUGGUGUCCUCAGGCAGUCCCGUCCUUGCUUGCCCAAGUCCCUGACAAACGUACGUGGACAUUCACCUUUGUUGGAAAGGCCGUAGAAUGUUCUGGAGGACCUUGGCUCUGGCCUGGCCCUGUCUGGCGCAGGGCCAGGGCUGGGCCCUGGGAAGCGUCUUGACCACUCACAGUCUCUGCAGACCCUUCCUUAGGUGGGAACCCAGGAGUCCUCAAAGCACGAACACUCAACAUAGACCUCAGUUUUUAAAAGAUUUAUUUAUUUAUCUGACAGUGUUACAGAGGGGGAGAGUCACACAUGGAGAGAUCUUCCAUCCACUGGUUCAGCCUUCAGAUGAGGGAAACAGACAGUAUGGCUAGUCCGGGCUGUAGCCGGGAGCUUCAUCUGGGUCUCCCAAGUGGGCCAUCUUCCUGUUUUUCCUAGGCUAUCAGUAGGGAGCUGGAUACGAGGCAGAGCACCUGGGACACAAAGUGGUGCCCACAUGGGAUGCUGGUUUUGCAGGCAGUGGCUUUACCUGCUACAACACAGCACUGGCCCCUGUGUCAAUUUUAGAGUUAUAUCUUUAUUUCUAUUUUAUUUGAAAGGCCAGAGAGUGGCAGACAGAGAUCUCCCAUGCAGGGGUUCAUUUCUCAAAUGCCUGCAAUAGCCAGGGCUGGGCCAAGCCAGAGCCUGGAGCUCAAUCCAUGUGGGCUCCCUCUUGGGUGACUGGGACCCGUGUACUUGGGCGAUCAUGUAUGGCUUCCCAAGGGUGAGCGUUAGCAGAGAACUGCAUUGGAAGCGGGGGAACUGUGACUUGAACCAGGCACUCUGAUGUGGCAUGUGGGUUUCCCAAGCAGCUGCUUAACCACUUUACUAAACACGGCCUGGGUUUCAAAUAUUUUGCCAUCAAAGUAAACUUAGCCUUUAAUGCCAUUUUCCCACAUUUUGGAGUGCCCUCCUAUUCUGAUUCCUUUCUCCUGUUUUUCUUUUGAAUCUUAGCUUUUGAAGUUCAGUAAUGAUGCCAUAUUCUUGCUUUCAUGUUUGAAAACCCAGAUAGAAUGAAAGCCCUGUCACUGUCUCGCAAAGCAGAGGCCGCGUCGUGUUUCUCACAGGAGGAGUUUCCUAUGAUCCGUACCUCUGCCUCCCUUCCAUGAUAUUCCAGAAACUUCUGUAUGAGGUUGAUCCUCUGUAUUUAUGGAUUCUGCAACUUUGGAUACAACCAACUGUUCAUCGAAAAUAUUUGAGAAAAAAAUUGCAUCUGUACUGAAUACUUCCAGAUGGUGCCCAGUGUUUCUUUGCAGCUUGUCCCAUAAGCAAGGCACCGACCGGCCAUUUGUGUGGCGUGUACAUUGCAUCGAGUGCCAUGAGGUACAGUGACGAGGCGCAGCAGGCAGGAGACUGUGCAGGCCGCCCGGACGUGCGCGGCAUCGUUUUAUACACAGGCCUUGAGCAGCUGUAGAUUUCAGUGCCUGUGGGGAUCCAAGCACCCAACCCCCCGGGUACCAAGGGAUGACGUGUUCUCAAUCCGGAGACAGCUGUUCCCCUGGCUCUAUGGGACAGGCAGGUGGCCCUCCAUGGGGACAGCUGACCAGAAACACAUCCAGGUCCUGCUGAGGAACCCACCCCAGCUGUGGGAUGCUCAGUGAGGUGGGAGCUGCUUAUGGCCUCUGCUCCAGAGAGCGUGGCUGCCACUCAGCGCCACGAGCCAGCCCCACGCAACAGCGCCUCAGGGCAUUCCUGCGUGCCAGGCCCCAGCUCACCCGCAGGACCUGGUGUCCCAGGCAUCUCAGAGUUACCACAAAAGGUCCCUUUUCAGUGAUUACCAAAGGGUGUAGGUGGUUUUCAAAGAUAUAUCUCUUUUUUUAAGAGUUAUUUUUAUUUAUUUGAAAGAAUAACAUAGAAGUAGAGACAGAGAAAGAAAGAAGGAGAGAGGCCUUCCAUCUGCUGGUUCCCUCCCCAAAUGGGCACAAUGACGGGAGCUGAGCCGAUCCAAAGCCAGGAGCCAGGAGCUUCCUCUGCAUCUCCCAUGCAGCUGCAGGGGCCCAAGGACUUGGGCCAUCUUCCACUGCUUUCCCAGGCCAUAGCAGAGAGCUGGACUGGAAGAGGAGCAGUCGGGACUAGAACCAGCACCAAGACAUAGCAUUUUUAAACUUACAAGCAUUUAUGAACAUCGUAGUGAUUAGGAAUACAUACAUCCACAGAGAAACAUUUGCAGUGAUUUUUAGCCACGAGGGACUGAUCCUCAAUCCAGGGACCCUGAGCUGUGUGGCCGUUAGGUUGUCAUCUGUUCUCUUCUGACAGCACAAAGGGCAGGUGGUCCUCACACAGAGGCUGAGCGGGCCGGACAGAGGGCUACAGGCAUCGUGAAGCCCGCAGCAUCAAAAUGCCCCCGUGGAGAGCUGGGAGGCGUCCUGGCCAGGGCCUCAAAAACCUAGGGCGGGGCUGUUUCUGGGGGGAGGGGCGCUGGACUUGCACCCCAGAAAACGUGACUUUCAAAGGAAUCGCUCUCCAUGCAGCAGGUGAGAAGGUGACCCUGAACUCGAUGCCCUGUGUGAUGCUCGUCAAGGCUAAUUCUCCAUGGCCCGUUGCCAUGGCAACUGCAGAUGCUGCCCGAGUUUCUUCUGCAUCCUGCAGGGUCUGCCCGGCUGUGACAGAGAGGGAGGGUCAGUCCCGGCCUCUGUGCUGGACGCACCCGGACGUUUAGAGCUGUGUGGUAUUCUGUGCCUUCUGAAAUGAGUGCUCU